AUAUUGAUAAAGAAGAAGAGAAGGAGAGAAAGAGAGAGAGAGAGAGAGAGAGAGAGAGAGAGUGGAUGUCUUAUAGAAUGAACAAAACAUCCUCUGUUUCUCUUGUCCUUGUCCCUUUUUCCAGAUCUUAAAAAGGUUUUUCCCACAUUUUUAUUUAUCAUCAUCAUCAUCCAUCAUCAUCCAUCUGGUUUCUUCUUCUCCAAAAAUGAUUUGAAGAGAUACUCAAUUCCUAUUUGAUCGGGCACUACAAUUUGGACUCUGUUUCAGACAACAAGUUUGUCUCUUUUCCAUUCACGACUUCGAUAACAUGAAUCUGGAGGAGCAAAAGAUGGAAUCGGGAUCGGAUCUGGGAAAGCUCUUCAUUGGCGGGAUUUCAUGGGAUACAGAUGAAGAACGGCUGCGAGAGUAUUUUGGCAAGUAUGGAGAUUUGGUUGAAGCUGUGAUCAUGAGAGACCGUACCACUGGACGUGCUCGUGGCUUUGGCUUUAUCGUUUUUGCAGAUCCUUCUGUUGCUGAGAGAGUGAUCAUGGAGAAACACAUCAUUGAUGGCCGCACGGUCGAGGCAAAGAAAGCUGUCCCACGGGAUGAUCAGCAAGUGCUAAAACGACAUGCCAGUCCAAUGCACCUUAUCUCACCCAGCCAUGGUGGUAAUGGUGGCGGCGCACGGACAAAGAAGAUCUUUGUUGGAGGUUUACCGUCUAGCAUUACUGAGGCUGAGUUCAAGAACUACUUUGAUCAGUUUGGUACAAUUGCUGAUGUUGUGGUGAUGUAUGAUCAUAAUACGCAGAGGCCAAGAGGCUUUGGCUUCAUCACAUUUGAUUCUGAAGAGUCUGUUGAUAUGGUUCUCCACAAGACCUUCCAUGAGUUAAACGGCAAAAUGGUAGAGGUUAAAAGAGCAGUGCCAAAAGAGCUCUCCUCUACUCCUCCUAACCGAAGCCCACUUCUUGGUUAUGGUAACAACUAUGGAGUGGUCUCUAACAGGUCAUCUGCUAAUAGCUACUUCAAUAGUUUCCCUCCUGGUUAUAACAACAAUAAUCUAGGCUCUGCUGGCCGGUUUAGUCCUAUUGGUAGCGGUAGAAAUGCUUUCUCUAGCUUUGGUCUCGGUUUGAAUCAAGAACUGAAUUUGAAUUCAAACUUUGAUGGAAACACUCUUGGCUAUAGCCGGAUCCAAGGCAACCAAUACUUCAACGGUGCUUCACCAAACCGUUACAACUCUCCUAUUGGGUACAAUAGAGGUGACUCUGCUUACAACCCGAGCAACAGAGACUUGUGGGGAAACAGAAGCGAUUCUUCUGGUCCAGGUUGGAACUUGGGAGUAUCCGGUGGUGGUAAUAACAACAGAGGGAACUGGGGACUUUCUUCUGUGGCGAGCGAUACCAAUGGCUAUGGAAGAAGCUAUGGGAUGGGUUCUGGACUCUCUGGGCUGUCAUUUUCUGGUAACACGAAUGGUUUUGAUGGCUCUAUAGGGGAGUUGUAUAGAGGCAACUCGGUUUAUAGCGACUCAACAUGGCAGCAGCAGUCAAUGCCUCAUAAUCAGUCUUCUUCUAAUGAGUUUGACGGCUUGUCUCGCUCUUAUGGCUUUGGUAUUGACAAUGUAGGCUCAGACCCAUCUGCUAAUGCCUCAGAAGGUUACCCUGGAAACUACAAUGUCGGAAAUAGACAAACAAAUAGAGGUAUUGAAGCAUAGAAAAAAAAUGGACGAAAAGAAGUGAGAUUUGUAGAGAGAUCAAGAACAGCCAAAUUUACCGUUGCAGAGUUUGAAGAGAGUUGUUUAUUCGAUAUCAAGUAGAGAAAGAAACCAAACUUUCUUCAUCACAGUGAGUUUCUUUGUUUUGUUUUUUUUUUUCGUCCUUAGCUUCUUCACAAAACAUUAAAAAAAAAAAAAAGUUUUUACGUCUAAAAAUUCUUACAUAAGAUAAGAUCAGAUUGGUAGCUGCAAAGAUACAAACAACAUGGGUGGUGAUAAAAAAAAGAUUUGGUUUUUCAGUGUUUUCGUCUUCCAUAGCAAUAACCAAAAGAGAUCGUUGAUUCUCGAUCAGUAUUCUUUAGGGAUCUCUUCUUCUUCUUCCUCCAAGAUUAAUGAUGUUGUGUGCUCUGUUUGUAACUCUAAUUGUUAAUUUUUUUUCUCUUACAGUUUUUUUUUUAAACUUUGGAUUCGAAUUGUUCAUGGGAACUUUUGGAUUAUCAUUAUUAUUUCUUUUCUAUUAGCGUGAGAGAGAAAACAUUUGUGCAAAAGGCUCCAAAAUGAUUAUUUUGUGGCAUUUGAUA